AAGGAAGGUGAUUGCCGUAUCCCUUCAUUUCUGUUUCAUUUUGCAACUUGAGAGCAUACGAUGACAGCGACCACGGCCGACAGCAAUUUUACUACUGCUGCUCCUACAAGAUUUGAAGUUGAGGCAAACAAAGUUGUCAACCGAGCUCUAGUCACUAUUUCAGCGACGCUUUCUGUGUUGGGUACCACGCUUAUUAUCGGUACGUUUGUUGCGUGGAAAGAUUACCGAUCAAUCUCAAGAAGAAUUCUUGUUUACAUCUCCAUCGCUGACUUCUUUGUCGCUACGAGUAACUUGUUUGGAGUAUGGCGUCACAGUGCCCAAAGUGACAUCGUUUGCGAGACACAGAGUUUCGUCUCUACUUGUGCUUCUUUAUGGUCUUUUUUCUGGACAACAUUUCUUGCUGUCUUUUUGUACACUAUUGUAGCUAAGAAAAAGCGUCACAAAGCAGAGAUCAUGCUCAAAGUUUUUCAUGUCUUUGGCUGGGGAAUUCCUUUGAUUAUCGUAGGAACCGCCUUGGGACUAGAUAAACUAGGAAACGAUAAAGAUUAUUUUACAUCAGGGUGGUGUUGGAUAAAGUGGAAUUUAACGACCGAAGAUAAGCACUUGUGGAUGCUGCUGACAGGAAAGGCUUGGGAAAUUGCAGCUUAUAUCCUCUGUUCAGCAUUUUACUUAAUGUUAACGAUUUACAUUCGCAGAGAGGUAAGUUUUGUAUUUAGAAUGUCGUCUGUUAAAUAUAUUAUUUGAAAAAAUAUUUCAAAUGAAAACCUAAAGCGAGACUAUUCGGAGCCUUUAUUUGAACAAAAGGUCACUUAUGCACCAGUCAAUUCCACCUGCGCCCAGCACCUCCCCGGGCUGAUCGUGGGGCAUUAGCAUUUUUUUUACCUUGGAUGGCAAAUUCCCGGGGGUGGGGACUCUUGAGCUGUCAAAUCCCUCGGGGUGGGGACGGAAAAAGAUGGCAAAUGCCCCGUCCUCCGUCAACGCUGCAACAUUUUUCAUCGAUCGCACAGUUGAAUAGUGCCAUUUUAAUCAUUUUAAUGUGCGACUUUUUGUUUCAAUUAACGUCUUCCUUUGUAAUAAUGCUAGGAUUCUAACUAAGACUUCACGCCGCGAUGACAUGCACUAGUAUAUGGUUUUAGUGCUGAUAUAAAAUUAUUGACAUUAAAAUUAAUAGAGCGCUGUCAGGGGCGUAGCGUGGGAUUUUGAAGAUGUACGCACGAGAAUAAAUUGUUCGUAGGCGCCGAAGGCGCUCACAUCUAGUGGGGUCUGGGGGCAUGCUCCCCUAGAAAAUUUUGAAAUUUAGGGUCUCGGAAAUGCCAUCUCCUGGUUUUUCUGCGGGGCAUUUUCAAUAAAUAAUGCAGCAAAAAUGCAGUAGAAAGUCGUACAAAAACAAAGAUGACAGGUCACAAGCAAAGACGGGCAAACUCCGUUACCAACCUGCCAAUCCACGUUCUUAUGUUUAGGUAUAUGAGGGAUUGCUAGGGAGCUUAAUCCUUCGUCCGUCAUCGUACUUCGCAGAGGAGAUUUUAGUCUCUUCAUGCUACUGAAGCUACGCUCGGCAGUGCAUGUAGACGUUGUUUAGUUGUCUUGUUAAUUACGUUGAAAUAAUCGUGUAUCGAUUUUCGAGCCAUAUGUGUUUACUUUGUCUCACGAAACACACGAAAACACUACAGAAGCCAGUGAUCACGCUCCUCAAGUCGCAGAAAUAUUCAUAGGAUUCUCUAACAGUUUCUUCGGAAAAUCAAUCACUGGGGCUUCACUGUUUGACCUCACAAGUAUAUUCCUAAUCUCCAUUGACGGCAAAUACGUUUUGUUUUGAAGUCACAUGUCAUGGCAUAGUAACCUCUCCUUCAAAAAUACUGAUGUGGCUGGCUGACCUUGAGGGAGGGGUACAUGACGCGUUUUUCCUAUUUUUGCUUACCACUCAAAUGCAUUUUGCCAUUAUUAGUGGCCAGCACUGAAUGAUUGAUGCUUGGAUAAUGGGAAUUCUAAUAAAAAACACUAGUAUAAUGUGAAAAUAUGAAAUAAUUGGCCAGCAAAUUUAACGAGAAAAAUUUUUUUCUCAGAUCUCAGCUGUAUGCAUGGGCGUACGUGCGUAUAUGGACGCUAUGCCCCUGGCUGUAAAGUUAUAUGUUAUGAAUAGUUUUAUAAAUGUGAAAGGAUGUUCUUCAAAUAAUAUGAACAGAAAUUUGAUACAAUGACCAAAAAUGUUCAUUCACAUCGAUAGCUCCAAUUUCGCUAUGUAAUUCUGGCUUGAUAAGCAAUGAAACGCAUGCAUAAAAUCGAGAACAUGCCUUUACAACCCUCUUCAAUUUAUUCCUGUCCUUGAUAGAUGAGCCAAUCUGCUUUUUUUCCAGUAAAACCCUCUGUGUAGUUAUAUUCUGAUAGGAAACCGCGUGCGUGUCAAAACCUCGGGAAUGGCCCGGGGGUUGGCGAAUGCCCGGCCACCGAGCAGUGCAAAAUUUGCAAAUGCCCCACACCCCCUGGACUGACAAGGCAUGUAAAUGCCCCACAGUAGCCCGGGGGGGGGGGGGGGGGCUGGGAGCAGGUGGAAUUGACUGAUGCAUUAAUGUUGAACAAUGAUUAUGGAUAGAUACCCAAGCUCUGUGGGACAAAUCCAGGAAAUUCAGAAAGAGGGAAGGGGGUAGGGUGGCUUAGUUUAUGAUGUGCUAGCUUUAUACAUGCUAUUUAUUGAUAUAAGAACUCCCAGAGCAUUUAAGUCUACUAGACUUAAAUGCUCUUGGAGUUCUGAGAUAUCAAAAGGCUUUGUUUAAUGUGGACAGUAAUCUAAUAUGGACAGUAAUGGGUCUAUAGAAAGUGUCCAUAUUAAUGGUGUGUCCGUACCCCUGGGGGGGGGGGGUACUCCCUUCAAUGGGCUUCAUGGGGACGUGCGGCCAGCCAGGGUAUGUUUUUCGGGAUUUUUGUCUUAGACAGGGUAUCGAUUUUAUCAUUUUUUGUCUUAAUCAGGGUAUCGAUUUUAUCAAUUUUUGUCCUAAACAGGGUAUCUUUUCUUGGACAAUAACAGCCUGCGCGUAUGUUCUACGAACUAAACUGAGAGAUCCUUUUUGAAAACCAUAUUUUAUAUGAAUCUCAAUAAAGAUUAUUAUCAUUAUUUAUUAUUAAAAUUUUGUAUUUAUUAUCGUCUUACUCAGGGUAUGGUUUCGGGUUAAAUGUCUUAAACAAGGUAUCAAAAAUUGGAAUUCUGACUUAAACAGGGUAGGAAAAUCAGUGACUUUUGUGUUAAACAGGGUCAGGGUAUAAGGGGCCGGGCCGCACCUCCCCACCCAAGGAUAUUUUGAGUACCCCCCCGGUCCAUACUAAGCUGGUUGAAUUUAAAGGAAAAGUGAGGGCUUUCUUUCCCCAGAGAUAAAGCAAACAUCUGUAACUGUCCCGCUGUAUGUCAGUGUAAGUGCUGUAAGCAUGUUUGCAUUUGUUUUGAGUGAGUGCUACACAAAAAUUAAAAACGUUCCUCAUAUAGAGUCUGCCUAGACUGCGAGCAGUCUCUUAUGUUUCUUUGCAAAGUUACUGUACGCGAAACCUAAGCAUGCGGGCGGCAAAGCCAUGAGCCGCGAGAAACGAGGGUGUAAGCCCGAGAAGAAAAAAUAAGAGGCUGCUGACUCUUUUGUUUUGUCUGGGGACAGCGAAGCUGUCAAGGUAAUUUAAUUAAUCAAUUAAACCCAAGUAACUUGAAACGAUUUAUUAAUAGAACAUAAACAACUGGAAAAAUUACAAUUUCUUUAAAUCUGGUAAGAUUGCCUUGAAUUCGUUUCCCUUGAGGAAAUUUACAGCAAUUUCCUUCUGUAAGAUAUCCUUAAAAGUUUUAUUACUGAGAUUACUGCUUGGUUCACUAUUUUUUGGAGUUGGUUAUGACGCGUGACUAUUUUUAUUGCUUGCAAUCUUACCACAGACCAGUUGUGCAAUUGACCAAUCGGUUACUCCGUUUCUGGGCUGACGGAGGGUUUGUUUACUACAAAAGAGUCAGCAGUCCGUCUUUUCUCGUCUGGCCUCAAUCCGUUAUUGGAAUAAUAACGCCUUGGUUUGCAAUUGGGCUGGAUGAGAUAAGGACUAGAUGGAUUUUAAGAGAAAAGGCGGACUGCAAGCAGUCGAGAGUCUGCCUCGAAAACCUUACGGUUUAUUUAGGCCCUAGCCAUUUUGUAUAUAAAAUGCUUGUUUUCUAAAAUAUUGUAUAUUAAAAAAUCUUAAAAUAAGAAAUUGAGAAAUAUGAAUAAAAAAUUGUUGUGAUUGUCUGCAAGACAGACUGAGAGAUUUUUUUAGAAAUCAAACAAAAUUUCAGACAAGGGGUUUGGGGUGAUAAGUGGAUUUUUAUUUUUACGGAUCAGAGUAUACAUGAUUGUAUAUUUGUUAGCAAUACCAAAACAUCACAUCAUCCUGUUAGACUGUUUGGUAGAAGUUGAAUACAACACUGUUAGCCACUGGCUGGGGAAGUCUAGAUGAUGAUUGCUAAACUUAAUGUGGGCAACUGCUCAAUAGAUAAGUUUUAACUUUACAGUAAAUAAUGGGAAUCAAAUUCUAGUUUUUUGAUAAUUGAUGAUAAGUGAUCAAUUAUUAUAUAAAAGAGGGUUACCACCUGGAAGAUCACUGUUUGAAAGGAAUGACUGUGAAUGGUAGAAAUACAAAUUUAAGUGAAGAUAUGAUAUUUAUAAUGAUACUAAUUGAGCAGUUUGUUAUAAAAUAUGCGUAUUUGUUUGCAUUUCAUACAAGUCGUACUAAAUAAAACAAAACCUUUGAUCAGUUUACCAGUGUCAUUUUGUGCACAUGCUGUAGAUCCUUAAAUACGUACCCAAGUGCUUUUUUUAAAAAACUGGCUUUAAAAGUUUGCUGCUUAUGUAAAGGAAGUUGCUGAAUUGAUAGAGUGGGAACACCAAGGAGGUUUGGGGUUGACAAACUACCACUAUCAGAUCAAAUAUAAAAAGAACAUAUAGUGCACCAUAGAAUUCCUUGAAAGCACAUGCAGAUAGAUUGAAUAAUAGCUGUCCUUCUAUUGUUUGUGUAAACAAAGAUUAAAAAAAAUUAUGUAAGUAAGAAAAGAAAGAGGGUUUUCUCGUAGUAUCUGUUUGAUCAAAAGGGUUGAUAAGGAAGGGGAAGUUUAUCCAAGAGGUUUGCUUAUCUCUUAGUAUUGCUAUAUAUAAGGGUGAACAAUGGGAGGGCUCUUUAUGAGCAUGGAUGUUUUGUUGUGGAAAUUUGGUACAGCAACUGACGCCAGUCAGACUGCAGUAGUACUCAAACUAUAAAAAAUACUGUCCUCACAUACUUGUAUUUUAAUAAAAUUUGAUAAAUUAUGUGACUUCAUUUAUUUAUAAUGUGGGAAGCAUUACAUACAUUACUCAAUGCCAGCUCUGAAGAUUGAUUUUGGAGCAAGACCAAUUAGUCUCAGUGUCUCAAAAUAUCUUUACCCAUUAAAUCAUGGCCCUAUUUUAAUUUAAAAGUGGGUGUUCGCCACUUUAAAAGCAACAACGAAACUAGGCCUAGUUGGCUUUUGCAAAGACUUGUGGGACGGUUACUGGGGAUGCACCAUACAGUUUAGUAUUGGCCAAUACAGUUUUUAGCAAUUUGUUUGCCCUGUCCCCAGUAACAAUCCCAGAAGUCUUUGCCAAAGUUAACUUGGCCUGGUGUCCUUCUUAUUUCUAGAGUGACUAAUAAUUACGAUUGAGUCUUCAGGCUGCAGUCCUUUAUCCUGUUUAUCCUGUCAAGUUACUCAUAUUUUUGAUUGAUCUUUUGCUCAUUGACCUAUUGUUUUAAAACUUUAGUGGAGUGCUUGUGUGGAGUGUAGAACCACUGUAUUCCCAAGUAAAUGUUGAGUAAUUUGAGUUCUGUUAUCGGAUGCAUUUGUAGGUUUGUUACCAGCACAAUCAAGUAUCAUCUCAGCAGUCAAGAGAGAAUGCCCUGUUGAAAGUGGAACGAAGGCUGACUCUUGUUCCUGUUAUUUUUGUUCUGGUGCGCAUAUGGGGUACAAUUCGCUUUAUUCUGUAUUUAUCAGACCGAGAUAAUCCCAAUACUUCGUGGGAAAAAGUCUUACUUUAUUUCCAGGUUUGUUUUUUUAUUAAUAAAGCUACUAUGCCAAUAAAUUGUGUUAUAGGGGAUCAUUCUAAGAAGCUGAGUCAAGUUUCAAAUUAAAGUGAAAUAAAACUGCCUCAUAUAAGACACCUGUUAAAGCGCUUAGUUUAAGCCCCCUUUAAGUGGUCCAUUGAAGUUCUUAAAGUGCCCACUUUAAGACCCGCAAAAGUACGCACUUUAAAACUCCUGAAAGUGCGUACUUUUAAGACCCGUUAAAGUGGGCACCUAUAGACCCCUUUUAAAGCGCCCAUUUUAACAGCUGUUGUAAGACCCCUUAAAGUCUUUAAUACACAUUUUUAAGACUUUAGAAUGUAGUUUUUAAUACUCGUUAAGUCCCCUUUUUAAAAUCCCUUUAAAUAUCCAGUUUAGACCCUUUAAAGUGCGCUCCUUUGCAGACCCCUCAAAGUACAAACUUUACGAACACUGAAAGUGUUAUUGACCUCGACAAAUAAAAAGGCAAAAAAAAACUUGGCAAAUAUUCAGCGACAUUGACCCACUUGGCACGCCUGGUCAAUAACGUCAAUACUGCAUAUGUUGUAGUUCAAUUUUAUCCUUGGUUUAAUUGUUAUUUUCCUUUGUCUUAAGGUAUGGUGAUGUAUGAUAAUGAGUUUAGAACAAAGGAAAAUAACAAUUAAACCAAGGAUAAAAUUGGACCACAACAUCUAUAUCCCUUGUGGAAGAUUUAUACAGCAAAUAAUUUAGAUUUUAAGUUUAGAAUUUAGACGUCUCUUUCACUGUUCCGAUACUGGGGGACGCAGACUGACCAAGCUAGCUGAUGUGUUCAUCCGUUUUCAAACUGCCUUUUAGGUGUACAUUCCUUGCUUUCGCAAGGCAAAAUGAUGAUGAUGAAGGUGUGAUGAGCCCGCGCUUACAAUAAUGAUGAUCGUUAUAAGCGGCUCGGCUCUACCGACAUAUCAGAUCGGUGGAAUACAUUCUUUCCGAAGUUUCGAUUUUUUUCAAAGAGAGAUUUUCCGAAACUAAUCGGCGUGCCCUGCUCAAAUUUUCGCAGAUAAGUAAAAUUGUUAUACACUUUCAAUACCAAGAGAAGCUUUUCUAAAAGCUUGAUCAGAGACUGAAAGGCAUAUGUUAAUGAGGCAAAAAAAUUUACGUCUCGUAAUUUAUUGAAUAAUGAUAUUUGUUUUUUUUUCUUGCAACUGUUUGUAGGGAAUUGGAGACAGCAGCCAAGGUUUUUUCAACUUUUUGCUGUUUUGUCUUUUCACGGAAAAGUUUCAGACUCGUCUCAGGUUAGCUGCCCAUAAUCUGCUUCUUCACUGCAACAAAGAAAAGUCAGUGACAGAUAAAUACGAAGACAUGUGCAAUACUCAGGAAAUUCUUGUUGACUGA